GUUUCCCUUCAGCGAUAUCUUCCUGCUACGCAUUCACUUUUUGGCCCCGAAUCACAUAGGCAAUCAAUGAAUAUCCCUCGGGUGCAAAUUCCCGGGCUUGAUGGCUCUCAUGGCGCCAAGAACACACAAAAUACGGAAACACGCGAUGUAAAUAUGGAUUCAGGUCAACAAGUAGAGACAGCGAACGACGCUAUAACACAAGAUAUAUUCCUACUAGGUGCAACGACGGAGUCAGAACCAAGAUCAGAGGAGCAGGAUAUACCCCUGAAAAGAAACUCUGGCCUUCAAUAUCUUGAGUAUUUGACGUCGCCUAUCGUGGAGCUUGUUAUAGGACAAGGGGGAAAGAAAACCACUUUAUCAGCUCACCAGAACUUGCUGUUGGAAUCGCCCUUCCUUGCCGAGCGAGUGGCAGCAUUUGAGAAAUCGGGCCCUCGCCGCAUUGAGCUUCCUAACGAAAACGUAGAAGCUUUCGGGUUUUUUCUUCAAUUCCAAUAUACCCGCAACUAUGCUAGUCCUCUCGCCAACUCUUCCAGUGGACAAGAAGUUGUAGGUGAAAUCGACGACAGUGGCGAGCAACUACUGAAACACGCACGGGUGUACACAUUGGCUGAGAAGUUGGGGAUACCAGCACUAAAGACAUUAGCCCACUCAAAGAUCCACCGUGUGAGUAGCACUUCACACGGUGAGAUUGCAUACGCUCGAUAUGUAUACACCCACACCCCAGCUGAUGACGUGUCGAUUCGAAAGCCUGUAGCAUCGUUCUGGGCUUUAAGAAGUCAUGUUCUACGGCAUGAAGCUGAAGAGGCAUUCAGGAACCUGUGCCUCGAGGUUCCCGAAUUCUGCUUUGAUGUCCUCAAUACGGUGCUUGACCAUAAAGAAAAGCGUGCCCAAGAUAAAGCCGAAUCUGAGUCUGCUGUCAAAGGAAGUGGAAGGAAAAGACUUAGGAGUGGUCUAUAGCUGGGUACUGAAAUCAACGUCACCUAAGGCAAAAAUAGUCUCUGUAACUGAUAUUAUCCAAGGUUGACGUGUCUUAUUUCUUUCUUUUACUUCCUGGCAAACGAUAACUGUACUAUGAUGCUGUACUUUAACCUUGUAUUCAAAUAAAACAAAUCGACAUCUUUAAGUGACUUUCUCCGCUUGAAAUGGUGCUGGAUAGCUGCGAGGAUCAUAUUUCCAGCAAAUAGAUAUUCUGGAGUACGAUAUUUUCAAGGCGAUCAUAUCUG